UUGGAUGUGAAGAUGUUUUUGGUGCUGGAAAUUCAAUCUUUUUUUAAAUUUCUUUUAUUAAACUUUCUUGCAGAUGGAGCGAAGCGAGACGUUGUGUCGUUACUGCGGGGUGAGCUACCUGGUCUACCACGAGUUUCAUCAGCUCAACACCCGACUGUCCCAGCUGCAGGCUGAGCUCCAGGACGUGAGAGCGGCUGCUGAUGGAGAGAAGGCCCGACGAGAGGCUGUGGAACUGAGCAGGACGGAGCGGGAGAGGAAACUGGAGCUGCAGAUGCUGAAGGAGAAAAACCUGAAAGAGGAGCUGGAGAAAGAAACGAGAAACAAGGAGAACCUUCUGAGAGAGGAGUUUGAACGGAAGAGGAGAGAGAUGGAGGAGCAGCACCACAAAACCAGUGGUGAAAAAGAGGAACAACUCAGGAGAGAGCUGCGGGAUUUAGAAGAAGACAAACUGAAGAGGCAGAGAGAGGAGCUGGAGAGGAGGUGGGAGGAGAGGGAGGACCGUCUGAGCGACGCACUCCAACAGGCCAAUGAGACUCUGGAUGAGCAGAAGAAAUACGUCCAACAACUGGAACACAGAGGUGUGUGUCUGCAGCAGGUGAAGCUCCUACAGGAGACACACUCCGUGCUGCGUUCUUCUGUCAGGGGGCUGAGGGACGUACGGGGUUUCCUCACCCAGAUGACAGGGGCCUGGCUGGAGUUCAAGUCAGAGAUGCUGCAGCUCAACGAGGACGCAGCGUCAGUGCUGGAAGUGGAGCUGAGACGUUCCUGUGAGGAGAUCCACACACUGAGAGAAGAGAGAGAGAAGCUCAGCCAGCAGCUGACGGAACAGAGGAAACAGUGGGAAGAACAACGACUGCUGCAGGAGGAGUCUGAGAAGAAGGACAGAGAUGAGACGCUCAGGUUGAAAGAAAAGUUGGAGGAGAAACACAAGGAGUGGUUGUCAUGCCAACAAAGGUGCGACCAACUACAGGAGCAGUCGUCGUCGCUGCGACAGAGGGAGGAACAGACAAACAGGAAGUACCGAGAUGUCGAAGAAGAGUUGACCAAGCUGAAGGAAGCUGUGGAGAAAGGCCAGCAGGAAACGACGGCGUUGAGAAAUGAAAGAGACACAUUAAUAACCUCCCAUGGAAGAGCUCUGAAAAAGAUGGAGGACGACUACAGGCAGCAGUCGUUCUUACAGCUAACCGCUUACAUGGAGGAGCAAAAGACCAGGAGUGCGCUGCACCUCCAGGAGCAGAUGGAGGAGUUUCGCAAGGAGGUGGAGCUGGAGCUGAGCAUUGACAAGGAGAAGAACCGACUGCUGCUGCAGAGACAUCGUCAGGAUGGCACGCAGCUGCAGCAGAAGCUGAGGCAGACAGAGCAGGAGGUGAAAGAACUGGAGUGGGAGUUACAGCAGGAGAGGAGGAGACGAGAGGAGGAGAUUCAUCAGGAGCUCCAGCAGGAGGCGCUGCAGCUGAGUGAAACUAAAGCUGAGCUACAACUGAUGAACCACAGGAACUGUGAACUUGAAGACGAGGUGGCGUUUCUCCAGGAGACGGUCAGGAGGGAGUGUCAGGAGAGGGAGGAUCUGAUCGCUGCCCUGUCCAGAGCUCAGGAGCGGCUCCUCGCUCCUCAGGACUCCUCCACGUCUCCUGACACCCCCACAGGGAGACACGGGUCCCCGGGGAACAGGACUCUCCACGUCCUUGGACGAGACCGAGUCCUGAGUCGCUCUGGGACUUCUCCAAACACACUCCGAGCCUCUCCAGCCUGGUCGCACACAGAUGGAGGAGGCGCAGGCAGCGGUUUACGGCCCCGGAAUGACGGUGGCCUGUUAGGUGGAGACGAGCAGCAGGAGAGGACGCUGCCCAAACUGAAAUCAAACAACACUGUGAGAGAGGUCAAACCUCAGGGGCGGGGGCCGGGGGGGGCACUGAGGAUGAAAUAAACCUAAACAAAUGUUUUUAAAUUUUUU